UCUGCUGUGCGCACAGACUGAAGACAGAGCGCAGAGAAAGCACAAGUGUCCACCUCGUGUCCAUGUGAUGUGCAGCUGCUCUGUGAAGCCGUAACACUCGUCUUCCAACACUGUCCUCACCUUUUCAAAGAAAGAAGACAUCCACGCUGCGUGGACAGUUAGAGAAGUGCGUCUCUGUCCGUGCGCGCGCGCUCCAUCGAUCCCUCUCUCUUCUCCAGCCUCAGUAUUUGUGAAGUGGCUGCCUCACCGGGUCGGACCGGAGGCCAUCUGGUCUCUGAUCUGGUCUGUGGACUCACCGGAGACCCAACGCGCUCCGUCGGGGCCAGACUGUGCGCCUCUCGGAUCACCCCCGAGCCGCUGCGAGCGCUGGCGAUGGAGAUGAUGGAGGGGGACGUUAUGGACAAGCUGGACGACAUGUCUUCGGUGUACGACUUUGACCCGUUCACGGGGAACAUCCCCGCCACCAAAGUGGAGAUCACCGUCUCCUGCAGAAAUCUGCUGGAUAAAGACACGUUCUCCAAGUCAGAUCCAUUAUGCGUGCUCUAUACUCAAGGUGUGGAAACCAAACAGUGGAGAGAGUUUGGCAGAACAGAGGUGAUAGACAACACCCUCAAUCCCGACUUCGUCAGAAAGUACAUCUUGGAUUACUUUUUUGAGGAGAAGCAGAACCUUCGCUUUGACUUGUACGACAUGGACUCCAAAAGUCCAGAUCUGUCCAAACACCCUGCAGAACUCAACGACUUUUUGGGCCAGAUGUUCUGUACCCUUGGGGAAAUUGUGGGAUCACCAGCAAGUCGACUGGAGAAACCACUAGGAGGGAUCCCAGGAAAGAAAUGUGGCGCCAUAAUCUUGAGUGCAGAGGAGCUCAGCAACUGUCGAGACAGUGCCUUGAUGCAGUUCUGUGCCAACAAGCUGGACAAGAAGGACUUCUUUGGGAAGUCGGACCCUUUCAUGGUCUUCUACAGAAGCAACGAGGACGGAACGUUUACUAUCUGCCAUAAAACAGAGGUGGUGAAGAACACAUUAAAUCCAGUGUGGCAGCCUUUCACGAUCCCAGUGCGGGCGCUUUGCAAUGGGGACUAUGACAGAACAAUCAAGGUGGAGGUGUACGACUGGGAUCGGGAUGGCAGUCACGACUUCAUUGGGGAUUUUACAACCAGCUACCGAGAGCUAGCUCGAGGGCAGAGCCAGUUCAAUGUGUAUGAGGUAAUAAACACCAAGAAGAAAAUGAAGAAAAAGAAAUAUGUCAACUCUGGAACUGUGACCCUGCUCUCGUUCUCAGUGGAGUCGGAGUUUACAUUCUUAGAUUACAUCAAAGGCGGGACGCAGAUCAAUUUCACGGUGGCCAUCGAUUUCACGGCAUCUAAUGGUAACCCCUCUCAGUCCACUUCCCUGCACUACAUGAACCCGUACCAGCUGAACGCCUACGCCAUGGCACUGAAGGCAGUCGGGGAGAUUAUUCAGGACUACGACAGCGACAAGAUGUUUCCUGCUCUGGGUUUUGGCGCCAAACUGCCCCCUGAUGGACGCGUGUCACAUGAGUUUCCCCUGAAUGGAAACAUAGAAAAUCCGUACUGCAAUGGUAUUGAAGGCAUCUUAGAGGCAUAUCACCAGAGUUUAAAGACAGUGCAGCUGUACGGGCCGACUAACUUCGCUCCUGUGGUGAACCAUGUUGCCAGGUACGCAGCAGCAGUGCAGGACGGCUCUCAGUACUUUGUGCUCCUCAUCAUCACAGACGGCGUCAUCUCCGACAUGGCCCAGACCAAAGAGGCCAUCGUAAAUGGUGCCAAGCUUCCCAUGUCCAUCAUCAUCGUUGGAGUCGGCCAGGCUGAGUUCGAUGCUAUGGUGGAGUUGGACGGUGACGACAUCAGAAUCUCAUCCCGGGGGAAACUGGCAGAAAGAGACAUCGUUCAGUUUGUUCCUUUCAGAGAUUAUAUGGACCGGACGGGAAACCACGUGUUAAGCAUGGCACGGCUCGCCAAAGAUGUGCUCGCAGAAAUCCCCGACCAGUUUAUCUCCUACAUGAAGAGCCGAGGGAUCAAACCCAACCCAGCUCCACCUCCGUACACACCGCCCGGACACACACACCACCACACGCAAAUCUAACACCCACACCCCACAUUCCCCACUCUUCUUCUCACCUAGGACUGACCGCAUGCAGCAGCCACUCAGAGUCCAGUGGGACCUGAGCCUCCUGUUUCCGGUGCAAACAGGAGAUGAUGCUCCAGGAACGUGGUGUUGACGUUUGUGCUGUGUCCUCAAAGUGACUGUUGGAGCAGCGUUUCUGUCUGUUUUUUUAUUUCCCGUGACACAUCACUUUGGUUUCUCUCGAAGAGAGGCCGCAGUCUUUUAAUCGACACCGAGGCAGUGACUGUUUCACGUCUAAUUUGACAGCAGGUUGGUUCUAAAAGAUCAUGUUGUGGUUAAAACUCGUGCCUGUCUGUGGUUGUUUCUCUAAGUAUAUCAGGACAUGUGAUCUUUAACCUGAGCCCUGCUCGUCAGUCGUUUGUGUGGCCUAAUAUACAGUGAUAUUUUAGGCACUGUUUCCCUUCUGUAAUUAGUUUUUUUUAUAUAUAUAAAAAAAUAUAUAUCUGGGAAUUAUCUCCAUUUCUGGUAAUACAUCAGUUAUGGAAAAAACAACAGGUGUGUAGUUUACAGCUUAUUACACUUUACAUUAUUCAGGCUUUUCAUACCAUGAGGUGUUGCCUCCUAUCUUCUUUAUUAGGUAAAUGUUUAUAGGAGCAUGUUGUAUGAGGAUUUAAUUACCCAUAUCCAGUAUAUUUAUUCUCGAAUGUUAUUCAGAGUGGCAUGGACAUUUGAUAGAUCUGUUUUAGAUACCAUACAUUUUUAUUUAUUUAUUUUGAAGUGGCCAACAAUUAUCUCUAGGGGAUUACAUAAUAAAAGCACAACUCAUCACUACAUUAAGAAUGAUGGUGAUGUUAUCUUGUUUAAUAAUUCUGAUUGCUGCUAGUCAUUGUUUCCUAAACAAAGUAUCAAAUUCAUUCAUGCAAGUCAAAUAUCGUUGUGUCUUUUAUGAAACAUAGUUUGAAAUGGGCAUGUUUUUGCUUCUCAUUCAGUAUAGAUGCAUUCCCUUCACAGAGGAUGUGGCACAAAAAGAGCAUUAUCUAUUUAAUCAUCACCACUUUUAACCUUUUAAACCUCUCACCUUUUUAUGUAAUUUUUUGUAAUGUACUAAACUUACAAAAUAUAUUAUCACCUAUCAAAGGAAGGGAAUAUAACAGAACAUAUAUUUAAUACUAUUUAAACUUGGAUUAUAGGGAAAACAGCCCAAAAAACCCAUUCUUUUAAUUAUGGGUAUUUACUUUGAGGCAGUUAAUUUAGUUGCCAUUGUUUGGUGACGUCAUACUAUAGCAUAACAUAGACAGACAUAAAAAGGGCCUUAAAUUAGGGUUUUUACUUAACUUUGAUGACCUGACCUGUCUGUAUUGGGGCAUUACAUACAAAUCUAAUUGUUUUACAUUUAUUAAUUUAAAAGAAAUAUUACUAUAUAAGUCAGUAUUUAACAAUCCUGGUUAUCUGGACCCAUUCCAUGUUUUAGAUGUUUCCCUCAACCAGCACACCUGAUUCAAUUAGUCAGCGUGUCACCAAGCUUUGCAAAAGCCUGAUCCUGACCUAUUUGAAUCAGAUGUGUUGGAGGAGGGAAGCAGCUAAAACAUACAGGGCAGUGAGUCUAGAUGACCAGGAUUACGAGACUCUGGUACACCUGACACACAGCAAUCUUUGGGGCAGGAUGGUAUCCCAGUGCUGCUAAAUGGUUUGAGGAAGCUGGAGAUGGGUCUCCACUCUCAAACACGCCACGACCCAGAGACUCCCAUCUCAUUUGAAAACUGCCAUUGAUCAGCAACCUCCAAUGUCACUUCCACAGUAUUCAGACCGUGUUUAGACCUGGUAUUAACAUCCAUCCUGAGUGAUCCAAUCAGAGGCAGAUCCUGCUAGGUAGAGGUCAGAACACUCCCAAUCAUUGCUGAAUGCACCAUUCCUAAGCACAUAUAACCACAAUCUGACUUUAGGAAGCAUUAGUGUCUGUCUCCUCAGCUGAUAUCUGCUGAUGUGUGGCAAUUUCACUUUUUUAGGCCGGGUCAUACUUACCAGAUUCUGUGUCUGCGGAGAGACACUUUGCUUGAGUGUACAAUUAGAUUUGUUAAGAACACAAUUUUGUACUUGCAAACAGUCAUGAUGUCGGCGUGUAGGGUGGAGAAGCCAGAUUCGAUUAUAUGUGUUUAGAGGGAAGACAUCCUGGACGCAUUUCAAUGCCAGGUGUCCUAGGCUUUGUGCAAAUGAUUGCAUCACUGAGGACAGUUAACACUGCAUCUGAAUCCGGCCUAGAAGUCUCUGGUGGGGCUCUAAUCCCGCAAAUAACUUUUAAGGGAGGGCGAGUCCCCGAAAUGUAUGAGAAUCAUGCAAAGGUUGAAUAAAAGUGAUUGCAGCCAUACGCCAUUUCUAUAAAAGGGAUUAGCAAUAUGUACAGUGAUUUAACGUCAUUAUAAGCAUGUUAACGUGUAGCUCAAAUCAACACUUUCAUAUUAACGACAACAACAUUGUUUCCAUCGUUAGUGGUCUUUUACUGCAGCCGCUGUUCUUCUCCUAAUUGCCCUGUUUCACUUGGGUUUGUUUACUGCUGUAAUCCUGUUCCCCCUCACUGGUGUAGAGAGGGAACAAAUGCAAAAACAAUGCUACGCUGAUGAUAAUGGCCCGUAAAAGGUCUCGAUUUCUUUUUAGACUGACAGAGGCAGAGGCAGAACUAAUGUGAGCUGGAUAAAAAAAACGUUCUAUUCAAAUGUCUAAUGUAGCAAACUAAAGGCCUUAAUGACACAAAAGGCAGUCGCUCCAUCUCAUUUAGUUCUGUAAUGAAGAGUAUUCCACGUGGAUAAGCACGGCUCUCAGGUGGAAGAAAAAAACAACAGUGAAUGGUGGUAAAAACAGCACUCUAAGUGUAGCAUAUACGAGAAGAAACAGAUAACGGUGAAAAGAAUGGAUUUUCUUUUUAGAAUGUAAAGCCAGUGUGUGCAUAUGUAGAUGCCGUCAGCACUGAGAGAAGUGCGGGUUGUACAGCCGAUCUUUGAUAUAUUUUUUGGGCAAUAUUACGGUACUGAAGAUGACUAUUUAUUUAUUUAUUUAUUUUUGGAGUUUGUAUGACUAAGCCAUUGCUCUUGCUGUCCUCAUGUCAUCACGGUGACUCUGUCUCCUCCUGAAGCCCCCGGUUUACGUGAUAUAGGCUGCAUGUUGUCUCGGGUAAAAUGAGAGUGUCAUCGUUAGUUGAAGAAGAAAAAAAGAAAAAGAAAAAAAAGGAACCAGCCCAACCAGAUUACAUGCAUGUAAGAGCCAAAUGUGGCAGUAAACUCUGUGGACUUUAUCUCUCUUGUGCCUGGUUCUCCAAAUAUUUUUGUUUGUUUGUUUCAUUAGUGGUUAAAAACUGUAGCUAACUAGCAUGUCACGAUUUACACUUUUUUUUUUUUUACAUUUAUUUAUGUUAUUGUCAAAUCCCACAGUUUCUAUUUGUUGUUUAUAUCUCUCUCUUAUUUUUCUGAUUUGCAUGACUCCCUACAUUCCUAUGGACUGAUUUUUAUUGUACAUGAUUAUUGUCAUAUGGUGGGUUGUGAUAUGCUUUGUAUUGGACUGCCUUAAAUGAAAAUGAAUUAAAAAAAAAUACUUUUAUAUAAAAGUAGUUAUGUCAUGCUU